AUGUCAUGCGCGUUCGUCACGCUGGCGCCGAUCUCGCUCCGGUCGCCCUUCGACGACCAUCCCGUCUCCGAAACCACCAUCUCGAUGUCGUCAAACUUCAACGCCGACAUUUUCGCGAAUAUGGUGUCGAUCUGGGCAUCGAAGAAGCUGAAGUACCUCAGCCCGCUGCCGGCGUCGACGACGCCAGGAUUCUCCCGGAAUAGAGCGUACGUAGUCCAACUAGAUGACUUCGAAGUUCGCUUCCUGAGUGACGACAUUAUUAUCGGCCUGAAGGGCCUUGGCCACAACUUCGAGCCAGAUCCCUUACCGACGUUCCUCUGGAAGUGGGAUGCUAUCAACCGCGACCAUAAGCAGCCCUUGAGCAUCUCCGCAUCGACGUCGGGCAAUUGCAGCGAGGUCAGGAGAAACUUCAGGAUGGACAGGAUCGGGUGUCAGAGGAGAUCAACGUUGUCCGCGUUGAGCAAGCGCGGUUGGCGAACGAUUCGCCGUGGGCGAGGGUUCUCACUCUUCCACAAGCAGGAGUUCGACACCGAGCCGGGAACGAAGCCUGGAGUGACGGACGGAGCGCCGGUCAGGAGCAAGGGGCGCAGCGGAGGGAUUGGACGCGGGAUUCCCGUCGGAGCUGGCUGGGAAAAUCUCGCCGUCAAUGGCGAGGAGGAACAGGUCGCCGGCCAA